AUGUCACUUUCUCGUGCCUUCCUAGGUAUGCAAUGUUUCUGGGGCGAAUCUGCCUUCGCUAAGCUGAGCGGAGUGAAACAAACACGUGUAGGAUAUGCAGGUGGAACCACUAUCAACCCUACAUACAGUGACAUAGGAGAUCAUACUGAGGUGACUGAAGUUCAGUUUGAUCCUUCUUUGAUCUCCUAUCGACAAGUGCUGGACUUUUUCUGGUCUCACCACAAUCCUGCUGAGCGGCGAAAGAAGCAAUACCAGUCAGCUAUUCUCUAUGAGACGGAAGAGGAAAGAAAGGUGGCUGAGCAGACUUAUGCUGAUGCCAAGGCAAAGUUCGGAACCAUCGAAACAUACAUAGUUAAACUGGAUAAAUUUUAUCAAGCGGAGGAUUAUCACCAGAAGUAUUGGCUCCGAAACAAGAAAGAUAUAUUCAAUGAAUUAGAACUCAGUGACAGUCAAGUCGCUAACUCUAUCCUGGCCACUAAGAUGAACGCCUUCUGUGCUGGGUAUACGAACUUCUCAGAGCUAAAGGAUCUCCAGCAGGAAUAUGGAUUGUCAGAGAGUUUUGUAGAAAAGGUGAAGAAGCUUGCCUCUUCAGGUGGCGAUCCUAGAGCGUGUCAUUGA